GCCGCACUCUCCCAUCAUGCAGGCCAAUAACAGGACGGAGUUGCUUGGCAGGCAGCUGCUGGACUGUUGCGUAAGCUCACUGCAAGUCCACUCACUUAUCGAUUUGUCUCCUCGCGAUGGCAGCUGCGAAGAAAGUGUGCAUCAUCGGAUCUGGAAAUUGGGGCUCUGCCAUUGCCAAGAUAGUGGGUUCCAAUGCCGCUCACAAUUCCAAAUUUGACAACAAAAUAAAAAUGUGGGUGUUUGAGGAGAUGGUGAACGGGCGCAAACUGACUGAAAUAAUCAACAGUGACCAUGAGAAUGUCAAGUACCUUCCCGGGCACAAGCUACCUGCAAAUGUGCUGGCCGUACCAGACCUGGUAGAAGCAUCCAGUGAUGCAGACAUUCUGGUGUUUGUCAUCCCACACCAGUUUAUUGGCAGAGUGUGUGACACCAUGAAGGGCAAAAUAAAGAACGAUGCGCUGGGGAUUUCCCUUAUCAAGGGUGUUGACGAGGGCCCCGAUGGCCUCAAACUCAUUUCUGAUGUGAUCCAAGAGAAGCUGAGCAUUGCUAUGAGUGUGCUAAUGGGAGCCAACAUUGCCAAUGAAGUUGCUGAUGAAAAAUUUUGUGAGACCACCAUUGGAUGUAAGAAUAAAAACCACGGGGCUCUUCUAAAAGAACUCAUGCAAACCAACAACUUCCGUGUAACUGUAGUGGAAGAGCAUGACGUGGUGGAAAUCUGUGGCGCUUUAAAGAACAUUGUUGCCGUGGGGGCAGGUUUCUGUGAUGGUCUGGGUUUUGGCGACAACACAAAAGCAGCAGUGAUCCGGUUAGGUUUGAUGGAGAUGAUCGCGUUUGCUCGCAUUUUCUGCACAGCCGGACCCGUGUCCUCUGCAACUUUUCUGGAAAGCUGUGGCGUGGCUGAUCUCAUUACAACCUGCUACGGCGGCCGCAAUCGCAAAGUAGCUGAAGCCUUUGUAAAGACAGGAAAGUCCAUUGAGGAAUUGGAGAAAGAGAUGCUGAAUGGUCAGAAACUGCAGGGACCAGCGACUGCAGCUGAAGUCUAUCUCAUCCUCAAGCACAAAGACUUGGUUGACAAGUUUCCACUGUUCAAUGCCGUGUAUCACAUUUGCUACAAGGCCCGCCCAGUCACAGAGUUUAUCAGCUGCUUGCAGAACCAUCCAGAGCACAUGUAAACACAAAAAAACUGACCAAGUGCCUUCUACAUGGAGAACGUUACCUACCGCCUGUCAUCCGUUACUCAGCAGCAGCCGACCAGUCACUCCACGGCUGUCAUGCAUUAGCGAGUGAGUGACUCCACGGAGAUGUUGCACGACUUUUGUGUUUUUAGUCAACCACUUUGUCCUUAACUGUGUAAAGUGCGUUUUCAUUUCAUCAUGCUGACUGACACUUGAA